AUGGAUCCGUCCGGGAUCAUUGGCAUCAUCGGCGUGGCAGGUCAAAUUCUCGCGACAUGCACCAAGCUGGGCUUGAACUGGCGAGACGCCCCAGGCGAUGCCAAGAAGUUCAAGAGCGAGGUUGAUGGCUUGCAGAAGACUCUUUGGGAAAGCUACAAUCACCUCAUCCAGAAUCCUGAUUUCAUCUCCGCCUUUGAGGGCAAACAUUCUGCGGUCUUGUCGAAUCUGGCGGCGCCAUCAAACUCAGACGACUCAGCCCUGCUCUUCACUUGUAAAGAAGAGCUAGAGGAUGUGCUCGAAAGCCUUCAGAAGCGACUUGGCGGGAGUCGCUUCGGAUGGGAGCGACUAAAGGCGGCAUUUUCUAACGAAAAGACACAGUCGGCAAUCGAAAACGUGCAGCGGCGAUGCCAAGAUAUCAACAGCAAGAUCUUGAUUGACAACACUGCAAUUGCUCUCAAUACCAAUCUUGAGGUCCGAUCUACGCGAAAAGACCUCGACGAAAGGCAUCUGGACGAAAAGAAGAAGCAGAUUCUAAAUUGGAUCACGCCGAUCGACUUUGCAGCACAGCAGAUUGACAACCUCGAGAGGAGACAAGAGGGAACUGGGCAAUGGCUUCUCGAAUCUCCAGAGUUUCAAAAUUGGAUCAAGGAAGAUCGAAAGACGCUCUUUUGCCCUGGAAUACCAGGCGCUGGAAAGACGAUGCUCUCGUCAAUCGUCAUUGACCACCUCCAAGAUCGGUUUGGUCAGGAUCCUGCAGUUGGAAUCGCCUACUCUGAAAAUGUCAACAUCUUCGCGACUUCUAGACAUAUACCAGAAAUCGAGAGCCACUUUGAAGACGCUCCAUCGGUCGAAAUCCGGGCCACUGAUGAAGAUGUCACGGAAUUCCUGGAUGGUCACAUGUACAAGCUCCCUCAAGCUGUAAGAAAGAGCACCCAACUACAAGGCGAAGUCAAGCACAGCAUCGUCCAGGCUGUCCAAGGAAUGUUUUUGCUGGCCCAACUCUACUUAGACUCGCUGCAAGGCAAACGUUCAGCAAAAUCCAUUAAAGAGGCCCUCCGUAAAUUUUCGAGCGGACAUACGGCCUACGAUAUUGCCUACGAAGAAGCCAUGGAGCGCAUCGAAGGACAGCUCGAAGAACAGAAGACACUCGCCAAAGACGCGUUGUCUUGGAUACUGGACUGGACGAAGACAACAUCACCGAUCUGGAAGAUAUUGUGUGUCUGCGCUGGAUUGAUCACUAUCGAUGAAGAAAGCGAGGUCAUUCGUCUCGUCCACUACACCACGCAAGAAUUCUUUGAGAGGACUGCUGAACGUUGGUUACCUAAUGCGCAAGAACUCAUAGUAGAAUCGUGCGUCACCUACCUCUCUUUCGACGCUUUGAGUCGCGAUGCAUACGAUUCCGAUUCCGAGUUGAACGCUGGGCCCGGCGUUACAACGUACGAUUUGCGCCAGUGGAGAAGCCCGCUUUACGACUACGCAGCCACCGAAUGGGGAAAGCACGCUCGAAAUAUAUCACCUCCGUCCGAGGGGUUGCUGUCUUUCCUGAUGGGUCGGGAAGCAAAUCUUGAUGCUGCCGCUGACGUUAUCUGGUCAUUUGAUAGUGAUAUCGCUUAUGAGAUGGACGUGACGGGAGUCUCUGGUCUUCAUCUCGCAGCUUUCUUUGGCUUAAGAGAGGCAUUCACGAUUGUUCUCGAAAGGUAUGGAGUCGAGGCCGAUAUCAAUAUUGAAGAUAGCAGAGAGCUCACGCCUCUCUCCUAUGCCGUUAUGGGGGGCAGGGUCGACUUUGUUGAGUGGCUGCUGAGUAAGGAUGAGAUUGACGUGGAUUCGAAGUGA